CGCCAUUUGUAUGUCAGCGAUUUAAAAUGGACAAUGAUGAUAUCAAGGGCGGCAAAACUAGUGAACAAAUGCAGAACAACAAAGAGAAAGUUGAAUGGAGGGACAACAGAUCCUUGGCAGAAUGCGCAAAACAUCUUUAUGAAACGAAGGUUAUGUUAGACGUGACUUUCACGUUUAAGAAAUAUGGCGACCGGAAGCUACAAGCGCACCGGCUUAUACUGAGCAUGCGCAGUGCGAUGUUUGAGGCAAUGUUUUUCGGACCAAUGGCGAAUUCUGAAAACGAGAUUGAUAUAGAAGAUGUGGAUCCAGAUAUUUUUGAUCUGGUACUCGGGUAUAUCUACACAGAUAAAGUUGACCUGAAUGGCGAAACAGUCCUUAAGUGUUUAUAUGCGGCAGAAAAGUAUUGUUUGAGUGGAUUGGUAACAUUAUGUUCAAGUUUCCUUAAAAAGUCAAUUUCUUCAGACACGGUCUGUACAAUUUACGAACAAGCUAAAUUCUUCAAUGUUGAAGAGCUAAGGAAAGUUUGUUACACAUUUAUCAUUGAGAACUCGAAUACCGUUUUCAAGAAAGACGAUAUCAAGACGUUAUCAUAUGAAAGUCUCCUUACGGUUAUGGGAGAUGAGAAACUGCAGAGUGAAGAGUUAUUACUAUUUCAGACGGCGUUACGAUGGGCUGAUGCAAAAUGUACAUCAGAAAAUAUUGAGUCGUCUAGCGAAAACAAAAGGAAAGUUCUAAAGGACAUUCUGAGUUUAAUUCGUUUUCCAGUGAUACCACCUAACAUAUUUGCAAACGUUGUCAUUCCCACCCAGAUUCUUCCUGCAGAGGAACAAAUACGUCUGCUGCAGUUUAUGGUUACAAGGGCAACGGAGACUCCAGGCCGUGUUGGAAGAUUCAUUUCGUUGCCGCGCCGUGACAAGUGUCUGAUAGUCGACCUAGAAAACGUUGGCUCUCUAGGCACAUACACCUCAGGAGCACACAUUUUCAAAUUAAGGAGUAACUUCGAUUUACGUUUUCUCUCAUUUUCUACGUUUAAUUUCACGUCUUUGAAAAUUGACGGCAAAAAUUUGAAUUCGAAUUUGAGUGCUGAUGACUUCCAUAUUUUAGACGGAAACAUUUGUGUCAAGACGUCACACAAAAUUGUGUUUCGCGCCGGAAACGAGUAUAUACUCAAUUUUGAUUUGCCGCGUACACAUAUAAGAUAUGCUCCACAAACAACAAUAAGGAGGGUGUGUCACGUCGCUGCAUUCGGAGAACUGAAAAUAAAAUUUGAAGAACUACCAGAACGUAUUUCUAAGAUUACAUUUUGUAGAAUUUAGAUUGUAUCGACUGGAGCGAUGUCUCAUUGAAGAAAAAAAUGUAAACGUUCGAUUGUCUAUACGUUGGCAUAUAUAUAUAUUAAUAUAGUAUGUUGGUUUUGUUCAUACAAUUUUACAUUAGAGACUGUAAGAGCAAUAAAAGUGUUGCAGAUA